AUGGGGUACUUCUACCCAAUGACGGACCCUGUAACGCGUACUGACACGCCCGUUACACCACUCAUUCAAGAUUCGCACCUAAUGGCAGGCGCGGGGCAAGCACAUUCAGCGUCGCCGCCGGACCCCCGAUUCACGAUUGACGACGUCGCAGAGACUCACGACGACGUCGGCAAUGUCGCACACGAAGUGGUCAUUGUCGCGAACGGAUUUCGAUCCGGCGACUCAUCGUGGCCGCAGGCGAAGUCGUCGUCUUCGCCACUCUCCACCACGAUCAUGCGCCAAGCGAAGUUGGAAGCUCAGGACGAUCUCGACGCUAACAACGAGUUCGACAAUAGAGAGGACGGCUUGGAGGAUCGGGAGCCGAUGCUCAAAUCGCCAGCAGGAGCAGCCUCCGGAAAGCUUAAACCGUUCAGCUUGGAAACGCCAGCGCACGGCGGCGGAGGGGGAGGCCACCACGGCUCAGGCGGCGGCCAUGGAUUCGCAGGAGCUACAGUAUCAAGCGGGAUUUUUAAUCUCUCCACGUCGAUAAUCGGAGCAGGCAUUAUGGGUCUACCAGCCACUCUCAACGUCCUUGGCUUGCCGCUCGGAGUGCUGCUACUUGUAGCGAUGGGGCUUCUAACGGAGCUGUCGAUUGAGGUGCUGGUGAACGCAUCGGCGGUGCGGCGAAUAUGGACAUACAGCGGGCUGGUGGUGGAGGACUGCGGGCAGCGGUCGCGGCUGGUGCUGGAUCUGGCCGUGCUGGUUAACAACGUGGGCAUGUGCACCGUGUACCUCAUCAUCGUUGCGGACGUGGUGGCGGGCACAUCAGCGCAGCACGUGGUGGCAUCCCCAGUGGACGCCAUGCGGGAGGCAUCACUGCACGAGGGGCUGCUGGCGGAGUGGGGGCUCGUGGCGGGGUCGUGGUGGCCCAUGCGCCCCAUCGUCAUCAUCUCCACCAUGCUGCUCGUACUCGCUCCCCUUGUGGCGCUCAAACACGUUGACUCCCUACACUACACGUCAGCGCUGUCCAUAGCGCUGGCGGUGGUGUUUGUGGUGAUCACAGUGGCCGUGGCGGCAGUGCAGUGGGUGCAGGGGCGCAUCCAGCCUCCGCGCAUGCUGCCCGCGUGCUCCUCGCUCAAGGACCUCUCUGGCCUCUUCUCCGUCAUGCCGGUCAUGGCAACAGCAUACGCGUGCCACUACAACGUGCACUCCAUUUUCGUGGAGCUCAAAGACCGCACAGCAGCAACGAUGCUCCGAGUCACGCGCUCCUCGCUACUCCUCUGCACCACAGUCUACGUCCUCACAUCUGUCUCCGCCUUCCUCCUCUUCGGCUCCAGCACCGCUUCAGACGUGCUAAUCAACUUCGACCGGGACCUAGGCCUGCCCCUCUCCUCUCUCAUCAACGACACAGUCCGAGUCACCUACGUACUCCAUAUAGUCUUUGUCUUCCCCGUGAUCUUUUACUCGCUGAGAAUAAUCGCCGACGAUUUGAUUUUCCCCGGGGCGGAGAAGCCGUUACUAGAGGAUGAUAGGAGGUUUGCGGUGGUGACGGUGGGGGGGAUGGUGCUGGUGGGAGUGGGGGCGGUGAUGGUGCCGAAUAUCGGCCUGGCGUUUGAUAUCACGGGGGCUACUGCAACGAUGCUGCUCGCGUUUGUCUUCCCAGCGCUUCUCACACUCAAGGACCGUCUGGGGCUGAGCGCGGAUUCUUCGCAUGCCGCCAUGGCGCGACCGCCCUCUCACAGCUUAGCCCGGAGCUCGCCCUCCCACAGUUACUACGACCCGCUGGCUGCGGCAGCGCCAGCCUUCCGUGCUGUCGUCGCUCUCUUAGUAGUAGCAUUCAGAGUCCUCGUAGUACUAGCACUGCCGCAGUCGGUCCUCUCCGCCGCCGGAGCUGCCUCUCACAACCAUUCAGCGGCCUCGGGAAUCACCGCCGCGAUGAAUUGGCUGGCGCAUCGCCCGCGGCGUGAAUUGUCGCUUGGCCCAUCGCAUGGGUCGCGCGGGGCGACAGAGCGUCGCAUGAGCCUCCUUGAGAGGGCCGCAUCGUCGCGCUCUCUAACAUUGCUCGCUGACAGGCAGCUGCGUGCGCUGGAGGCACUAAACGCCGCGUGGCAGCUGUGGCCGUCCAACUCCAACCGCUCACGGCGCUGCGACCAGUGGGAGUACAUCCAGUGCAACGCGCAGGGCUUCAUCACUGCUGUCGUACUGCCUGACGUUGGGAUCGACGCGACCAUGCCUCUCAAUGUCUUCUCCUCCAUGCCUUAUCUCAGACGCCUCGAGACGCCAAUCUGCGUUAUUGAGGAUGCUUUUAGAAGCCAGAUUGCCUCCCAAGCUCCCAUACACUCGCCUGUUUGCUUCGUCGCAGUUUCUCUUCCACUGCUGUUGUUCCCCUCUGUGUCUUUUCUUUACGUCGUGCCCAUGAUCCUGCGGGCGUUCCUCACGUUCCUCACGUUCCUCAUGUUCCUGUGUGCACAAAAUACUCCCCCUCAUAUCAACCCGACCCUUCACUCCUCACCCCCCCAACCCCCACCUUUCAUCAUCUCCCCUGCUCUUCCACACCCCACCCCCACCCCCGCUUUCCCUAUCCUGGCCCUGCUACCCUCUCCUCCCCCGCCUAUCAGCGUGCUAGGAGUGCUGCCCGUCCUUCUAUGCCCCGCUCUCUUCCCCCUCCCUGCGCGUGCUGUGAGUGCUUCCCGUCCUUCUAUGCCCCGCUCUCUUCCCCCUCCCUGCGCAUGCUGUGAGUGCUUCCCGUCCUUCUAUGCCCCGCUCUCUUCCCCCUCCCUGCGCGUGCUGGACUUAUCCGAUACGUCCGUGUCUGGAUCGCUACCAUCCUCCAUCCUCUCCCUCUCAGCUCUCGCACACUUGGACAUUUAUUAUACGUCUCUCUCUGGGAGCCUGCCGUCCAAUCUCAACCGCCUCUCCCGCCUCACAUACCUCAACAUCGGUGCACCAGGCAUCACUGGGCGACUGGAGGACUUCUCAUGGCUCUCAACCCUCACCAACCUGCGCUCUCUUGUGUUGAAUUACAUGUACAGUAUGAGCGGGGAUCUGUCAUCCCUAACCUUUCUCACUACUCUCAGAGCCAUGCAACACCUGUAA